AUGUCGAGAAAAACAGAAGCAAUCGUCCUGCGCGAGUACAACACAGCAGUCGCCUUGGAGCCCAUCAUCCUCGGCGAGCUCAGGCCAGAUGAGGCUUUGGUUCAGAUCCACGCGACUGGAAUCUGCCAUACCGACCUCCUGUGCAUGAAGGGUAAACUGCCUGCACCAGCACCUGUCGUCCUUGGUCAUGAAGGCGCCGGUGUCGUCAUCGCCAAAGGAACAGAUAUCACGGAUGUUGAAAUAGGUGACAAAGUCAUCUUGAGCUACUGUUACUGCGGAACGUGCGACGAAUGCGUUUCUGGUCAUGAGCCUUACUGCCAUUCCCUUCUGAAACUAAACUUUGCGGGUGGACGAGCUGAUGGCACGUCCGCGCUCAAGCUCGCGGAUGGUGAAGCCCCAGACCUUCAUGGGCACUUUUUCGGACAGAGCUCGUUUGCACGACACGCUAUUGUUAACACGAAAAGCUUAGUCAAGGUGCCUCCAGAUACGCCCCUGGAUCUGUUCGCUCCCCUGGGUUGUGGACUCCAGACGGGGGCUGGCGCUGUCCUCAACACCCUGGACGUCCAACCUGGCACCUCUCUAGUCAUCUUCGGCGUUGGUGCAGUGGGGAUGAGUGCGGUCAUGACUGCCAAGUUGCGCAACGCCGGGCGUAUCAUCGCUAUUGAUAUGGUGCCCUCUCGUUUGGAGUUGGCCAAAAGACUUGGUGCUACUGAUGUCAUCGUCGCAACGGAGAAGGAUAUCGUCGCCCGCAUCAAAGCCUUGUGUCCACCAAACGGCGUCAGAUAUGCCCUGGACUGCUCCGGUAGCCCGCAAGCUGUAUCAACCAUGAUUGAUUGUCUGGGCACCCGCGGACGCGCCUGUAGCGUUGGCGCUCCAGCUCCAGAUGUCCGUGCCAGUGUUGACAUUUUCGCACAUCUUAUUAACGGCCGUGAGUACGUCGGCUGCCACCAAGGAGAGAGCCUUGCCAAAGAGAUGAUUCCAUUUUUGAUUCAACAGCACGCUCGUGGAACAUACCCUUUAGAAGAAUUUGUGAAGUAUUACGAGGCAGAGAAUUUUAAGGAGGCUUUUACAGACACUGAGAAAGGGAAUACUAUUAAAGCCGUACUAAAGUGGGUCUAA